AUGGGACUGCAACCAAGCAUUUUCCUCCUGGGGCUGCUGCUACUGCUUCUGGAGCAAGUCCUUUCAGAAGUCAUCAGACAUUUCAAUCCCUCUGUUCUGAGGCCCAUGUGCCCUGCUGGGACGAGUGCUGUGCACCACAGUGAUGCUGUAGAUUUGUGGAUUCAGGCCAGAGAACUGGUGAGAAGCAUGAAAGAGAACCUGCAACUCAACUUUCAGAAUGACUGGAAGAUCAUCAACGUGUUCUUCAGCAAUGCCAGCCAGUGCCACCUGUGUCCCUCUACCCAACAGAAAGGUUAUGUGCUGGAUACCAUGGACAAACUGACCCGGAUGCUGGACUACCUGCACCAGGAGGUUCCCAAAGCUUUUGUGAACCUGGUGGAUCUCUCUGAGGCUACGGGGGUCUCUCACUGGCACCAAGGCACCAGGCUUAGCCAAGAAGAAUCUUGCAGCUGUGUAAUGGAGAAUUCAAAGCUUUCCAGGGUUGUGAUGCAGUGGUCCUAUCAGGAAACCUGGGAGAAGCUCCUAGCCAUCAGCAAGUACAAUGAGGAGAAGUCCUUCGCUGUUGUUUUCCAGCCUUUCUUCUCUGAGACAGCUCUGUUGUCUGUCUUGGGGGAGCCAACGUCUCAGAAUCCCACCGCACUUGCCUUGAAUCUCUGGAACAGCAUGUUGGAGCCAGCAGGACAGAAGGAUGAGCCGUUCAGUGCAGAAGAGAGGAGACCAAUGAAAUGUCCCACUCAGGAGAAGCCAUAUCUGUUUACCUAUAAGAACAGCAACUACCGACCCAGCUCACAAAAACCCUUUGAGGUUCUUGAGAAAAGAGAAGGAACAGAAGUCAGAUGUCCUGACAAGACUCCCUCCAACUCUGUUCCCACCUCAGUUCAUAGGUUGAAGCCAGCUGACAUCAAAGUCAUCGGAGCCCUGGGUGACUCUCUCACUGCAGGUAAUGGAGCUGGGUCCAAGCCUGGGGACAUCUUAGAUGUCUUGACCCAGUAUCGAGGCCUGUCCUGGAGUGUCGGCGGAGACCAAAACAUAAGCACAGUCAUCACCCUGGCAAAUAUCCUCCGGGAAUUCAACCCUGCCUUGAAGGGCUUCUCUGUUGGCACUGGGAAGCCAGACAGUCCAGGAGCCUUCUUCAACCAGGCUGUGGCAGGAAAUAAAGCUCAGGAUUUACCCGUCCAGGCCAGGAAGCUAGUGGACCUGAUGAAGAAUGACAAGAGUAUAAAUUUUCAGAAUGAUUGGAAGAUAAUAACCAUGUUUAUAGGAGGCAAUGACCUCUGUGAUAUCUGCAGUGACCCGGAUCACUAUUCUCCCCGGAACUUCACAGGCCACAUCGGGAAGGCUCUAGACCUCCUCCAUGCUGAGGUUCCUCGGGCUUUUGUGAACCUGGUGAUGGUACUGGGUAUCACCCCCCUGAGAGAGCUCUACCAGGAGCAAAAAGUCAACUGCCCAAGGACGCUCCUCAGGCUUCAGUGUCCCUGUGUCCUGAAGUUCGAGGACAACUCCGCAGAACUUGCCAACCUCAUCGAACAGAAUAAAAUGUAUCAGGAGGAGACCUACCAGCUGGUUGAGAGUGGACAAUACGACACAAGGGAAGAUUUUACGGUGGUUGUGCAGCCGUUCUUAAAAGAAGUGAAGAUGCCAAAGACCCCGGAGGGGUUGCCUGACAGCUCUUUCUUCGCUCCUGACUGCUUUCACUUCAGCAAAAAGUCUCACGGCCGUGCCGCCAGCGCCCUGUGGCAAAACAUGCUGGAACCUGUCAACCAGAAGACGACUCAGCAUGAUUUUCAAAAGGAGAUCAAUAUUUCAUGUCCAAACCAGGUCUGGCCAUUUCUGAGCACAUACAAGAACAACAUCGUACAGGGUCAUGGGAGCUGGCUGAUGUGCAGGGACAGAGCUCCCUCUGCCUCGCCCCCCACCUCAGUGCAUGCCCUGAGACCUGCCGACAUUCAAGUUGUUGCUGCUCUGGGGGAUUCCCUGACAGCUGGCAACGGAAUUGACUCCAACCCAGGUGACCUGUCCGAUGUCAGCACACAGUACCGGGGACUAUCCUAUAGUUCAGGAGGGGACGGCUCUCUGAGUAACGUGACCACAUUACCUAAUAUCCUUCGGGAGUUUAAUCAAUAUCUCACAGGCUACGCGGUGGGCACAGGUGACGCCAACAGCGCAAAUGCAUUCCUCAAUCAAGCUGUUCCUGGAGCAAAGGCAAAGGACCUUUCACGCCAAGUGCACACUCUGGUGCAGAGGAUGAAAGAGGACCAAAGAGUAAAUUUCCAAGAAGACUGGAAGAUCAUCACGGUGCUGAUUGGUGGCAACGAUCUCUGUGAUUACUGCAAGGACCCGAAUCUGUAUUCUGAAACCAACUUUUAUUACCAUCUCCUCAAUGCCUUGGACAUCUUGCAUAAAGAGGUGCCCAGAGCUCUGGUCAACCUCGUGGACUUCAUGAACCCCAGUGUCAUACGGCAGGUGUUCCUGGGAAAUCCAAGCAAAUGCCCAGUGCAGAAUGCCAGUCUUCUGUGUGACUGUGUUCUGAGCCCACCGGAGAACUCCCAAGAGCUGGCCAGGUUGAAGGUCAUCACCCAAGCCUACCAGGACAGCAUGCGGGAGCUGGUGGAGUCAGGCCGCUAUGACACCCGGGAGGACUUCACUGUGGUUCUGCAGCCCUUCUUUCAUAACAUCCAACUCCCCAUACUGGAGGAUGGGCUCCCGGAUACAUCUUUCUUCGCCCCAGACUGCAUCCACCCAAGUCAGAAAUUCCACGCCCAGCUCUCCAGGGCCCUUUGGAGCAAUAUGCUUCAGCCACUAGGAAAGAAAACGGAUACCUUGAAUCUGGCAGCAAAUAUAUUCCUGUCCUGCCCAACUCAGAAUGCGCCCUUCCUGGGAACCUUUCGGAACAGCAACUACACAUACCCCUCUGACCCAGCCAUUGAGAACUGGGGUAGUGACUUCCCGUGUACAGGGUGGAAACCUUCCAACACAGUUCCCACCUCGGUUCACAAGCUCCAACCAGCAGACAUCAAAGUGGUGGCCGCCAUGGGUGACUCGUUGACUACAGCAGUGGGAGCCCGACCAAGCAACUCCAGUGACCUCAUGUCUUGGAGGGGACUCUCCUGGAGCAUUGGAGGGGAUGGGGUGUUGGAGACCCACACCACACUGCCCAACAUUCUGAAGAUGUUCAACCCUCACAUCCUUGGGUUCUCGACUGGUACCAAGAAGGAGACAGCAAGGCUGAAUGUGGCGACGGAAGGGGCCACAGCUCGAGACAUGCCGGCCCAGGCCCAGGAGUUGGUGAAUCGAAUGAGGAAGAAUCCAGAAAUCAACCUGGAGAAAGACUGGAAGUUGAUCACACUCUUCAUUGGGGGCAACGACUUGUGCUAUUACUGCGAGAAUCCGGAGGCCCACUCAGCCCAGGCGUAUGUUCAGUACCUCCAACAAACCCUGGACAUCUUCUAUAAAGAGCUUCCAAGGACUUUUGUCAAUGUGGUAGAGGUCAUGGAGCUGGCUGGCUUGCACCAGGGUCAAAGCGGGAAAUGUACCAUGCCACUGGCAGCUCAGAGCAACUGCACGUGCUUCAGUGGCUCCCAGGAGAAGCCCCUAGAUAUGCAAAAACUGAAGCAGCUGAACUGGAAUUUUCAGAAUGAUCUCUCCAAGAUCUCCUACCAGCACAACUACACACAGCGGGAAGACUUUGCAGUUGUUGUACAACCCUUCUUCCAAAACACUUUCAUCCCACUGAAUAACAGAGGCCGUGAUGACCUCACCUUCUUCUCUGAGAACUGUCUCUACUUCUCAGAACGUGGUCAUGCUGAGAUGGCCAUCGCACUCUGGAAUAACAUGCUGGAACCAGUAGGCCAGAAGACAACCUUCAACAACUUCACCUACAGCCGAACCAAACUCAAGUGCCCCUCUCCUGACCAUCCUUACUUUUAUACCCUGAGGAAUAGUCAGUCACUUCCAGUCCAGGCUAAACAACACUCCAAUGUGCUCAACUGGGCUCUGCCAUUGACAUUUGGAAUCGGUGUUGCGGUUGGAGUUGGUGUGGUGAUGAUAUGGACUGCUUUGAGACGUUGAUACAAGGAAGAACCUCCAAUGAGUCGAGCACUGUAG